AUGUCAACACCACCAGACCUUGCUGCUGCAACAGCCACUUGCAGCGCAUAUGAUCCCGAGUGCAUCGGCCAAGGGCAAAAAAUCCUCUUUUUCACAGCUUUUGCUCUAAUAGCUGUGGGAUUUUCUGGUCACUUAGUCUCUGUACCACAAUUCAUGGCUGACCAGGACUCACACUCAAACCGUAGAGACAGCAGCCUCCGUCACUUGGUCAUAAGCUUUAUGGUGAUCCACGUCCCUAUAGUGGGAGCUUUUGCUAUUUAUUAUAUAAAGCCUUGGUCAAUGAGGUAUGGCAUCCCUGCCAUAUGUACCUUGGUAGCAACACUUAUUUUCUUGACUGGUUCGUGCUCAUAUCGCACUUAUAGACCAUACGGCAGCCCUCUCACUGUUCUGUUUAGGGUCUUUGUGGCCUCUGCCUCCAAAAUUUUCCAGAAACACCCCAGAGACUCCUCUCAUCUCUACGAGAGACGUGAUGAUUAUUACUUGAUACCUCACACUCGUCGCCUCAGGUGCCUAGACAAGGCUGCAAUCAUAUUAGCCACCCAACCUCUACAGCAACAAGAAAAUAAUAGUUGGAGACUUUGCCGAGUCACAGAAGUGGAAGAAACCAAAAGCGUCCUAUGCAUGAUUCCCAUAUGCAUGACACUUAUCCUAAUUGGUGUUGUAUCUUCAAUUGGAACUAGUUUCUGCAUUGAACAAGCAACCCACAUGAAUCACGAAGUUGGGCGCAUAACAGUUCCUCUUCCAAUCUUAGUAUGGUUCUAUACUCUUGCCAAACAACUAUUUGGAAAACUUAACUUCCAAAUUGCAGAACUAACAAGGUAUGGUCCCCGAAUUGGAAUUGCCGUGUCAAUGAUUUUUGGAAUUCUAUGCUCAAUCACAGCUGCAAAAGUGGAGACACGAAGGCUGGGCGUGGUUAAGAGCCACGGUCUAAUCAACAAGCCUGAGGAAACUGUUCCCAUGAGCAUGUUUUGGUUGCUUCCACAGUUUCUUCUCCUCGGAGGCCUUGAAGGGAUUGCAGAAAGUAGCAUUGAUUCGUUCUUAGUUAAGCAAGUCCCUCCAUCCAUUGAUCCGUGCAUGGUUCGGUUUUGUGUUGCUUUUUUGGGAGUGGGGAGUAUAGGCGGUGUCUUGUCUGUUUAUGUAGUGGGUGAGAUAAGUGGACAGGGAGGGAAACCCAGUUGGUUCCAAGACACCCUAAACAAGAGUCGCUUGGAUAAUUAUUACUGGACCUUGGCUGCAUUGUCCGCAGCUAAUCUUGUUCUCUAUGUUUUGGUGAGCUUUUGGUAUGCUUACAAGGAUUCCAGGUUGGAGGAUUAUGAAACUGCUGAGCUAUUUGAUGAGGAUCAUGUGCAACUCAUUUGA